AUGACAAUGCUACAUGUUAUGCUACAAAAUACAUUGUCGACUGAUAGUAACUUAAUGUUUAUUUUAGAUUUACCACCAAUGCAGAGCAAAGAAAUCAUGAAAGAUCAUUCUACAUCAGAAAGUGCCUCAACUGAAAAUAAACUUGAGAUUCUGAUUGCCCCACCUUAUGAAAAACCGGCUGGUACAUUUGCACAUGCAAAAAGCGCUAUAUCUGAUUCUGACCACUCAACAGAAAUUGAAACGAGAAAUAGGCACUUCAGACUACACUGGGCUGCACUUGAAGGUGAUUGGGACACAGCUGAAAUAAUUUUCAAGGAAAGUGAUAACGAUAUUACGGCUAAGCUAUCAAAUGAAGGGGACACCGCUCUCCAUAUUGCAGCUGAAGCAAGCAGCACAACUUUUGUGAAAAAGCUGGUUGAAAAAAUGAAAAUAGAGGAUUUGGAAAUAAAGAAUAAUGCUGGCAAUACGGCCUUUUUUCUUGCAGCUGCGUCCAACAGGGUUGCAAUUGUCAAGGCUAUGAUGGAGAAGAAAGAAGACUUAAUAAAUAACAAAGGUGAUAAUGAUAUGUUACCCCUUGUCGUGGCAGCUCUGAAGGGAAACAAAGAGAUGACAGAACUCCUUUAUGAAGCUACUGGGGAAGAGUUAUUAGAUGAUUCUGAUCGCAUCGAAUUGCUUGUCAGUCUGAUUAACCAUGGUUUGUAUGAUAUUGCAUUGGAUUUGGUAGAGAGGCACCCAAAGAUGGCUAUUGCGCGAGAUAAAAACCAGUUGACAGCAUUACAUCACUUGGCUAAAAUGCCUGUGCUGAGACCUACUUCUCAUUUUGACUGGAUUAAAUCUGCCAUGAGAUUUCUGAUCCUACUUUGUAAUGGUGUGAAAAGAGUGGUGAUAAAGGGACAUAAUUCAGCGUUGAGGAGACAAUUUGUGCAGGAUAUAAACAAGCUCGGCUUCAGGGAUCGGAUAAAUGAGAGGGAGCUACAGUACAGGGUUAGGAUGGGCUUUGACUAUUGGAUUGAAGAGGCUAAAUUUGAAAUAUUAUAUGUCGGUGAAAAGACUCCCCACACCGCUUUCGAGCUAAUCAAAUGCGUUUGGAAACAAGUUCUACUUUUGGAUGAAUCCCGGAUAUCUGAAAUUAUAAGAAAACCUUGGGCACUCAUGUUUGAAGCUGCAAAACGAGGAAACGACGAGCUUCUACACAUAAUUUGGGAGACAUAUCCUGAUAUGAUGCUUGAAGUAGACGAAAAUCAUCACAGCAUAUUUCAUGUUGCUGUUAUGUAUCGUCAGGACAGAAUUUUCCGUUUCAUUCAUAAGAUAGGUCCAUUGAAGAAGGAUUUGAUAGUCCAGAAAACAGAUACACAGGGGAACAACAUAUUGCAUUUGGCUGCAAAGCUGCCACCAGAAGAUAGGUCCAUUAAUGAAUCAGCUGUGCCAGUUUACCGGAUGACGCUAGAGCAGUUGUGGUUCAAGGCAGUGAAGAAGAUCUUGGGUCCAGUGGAUCCUGAAGCUCCAAAUAAUGACGGCAAGACUGCUAGAGCUUUAUUUACUGAACAGCAUAAAGAGUUAAGCAAAAAGGCUGACAAAUGGAUUAAGGAGACUGCUAAUGCAUGCAUCGUGGUAGUAACACUUAUUAUCACCAUGGCUGUCGCAGCAGGUUUAACAGUACCAGGUGGCACCAAAGAAGAAACUGGGACUCCCAAUUUUGUUCAAAGAGCUUCCUUCAUAAUUUUUAUAUUAUCAAUUGCUGCAGCGUUAUUCUUCUCCUCUUUAUCAUUAGAAAAGUUAAUAUCCGUUUUCUCUCACCCAUAUGAAGAAACAGGCUUCGACUCAGGGCUUGAAGAUUUAAUGAAAGGAUUAGGCUUACUAUUAAUUUCAAUAGUAUUUGUGACGGUAGGGUUUUGUGCAAAUGUAUUCAUUGUCUUCAAAGAUGGCAUGCCAUGGAUUCCUAUAUUUACUAUGGCAAUGGGUUCUUUCGCAGUCAUCAUACUCUGGAAUCAUUCUUAUAUUUCCAGGCGAAAGAACGUGGGUUUGACCCGUGAAUAUCUGAGACGCGACAUCCAUGCGUCACUUAACAUCUGA